GCGAUAUGAUAAGAUAACAAUAUAAAGAAAGCAUCAGUCGAUUGUGUGAAUUCAAUAAAAAUUAACGUGCGGAGUGGUAUAACUUGAAUUAACAAUAUAAUCAUGGACCACGCUGAUGUAGCAGUGCCGUUCAAUUCUAACAAAGCCAACACAAGUCGUGCUGAUACCAAUUCAGUUCAAGAAGAAAAUGUAAUUUAUGAAAAUCGACCCAGCCCUAAUGAUGAAGACUACUAUGAUAUGAGCAAGAAGAAAUACCUACAUAUCUUCAACCAUUAUGUUUACAAACAGACCAGAGAGUUUGGGAAUAAAAAGCCAAAAGAUAGAGUGGGGACCCAUCACGAUGUAAAAAUUCUAGAAACCACAUUUAAAAACUUAGGAUUUGAGGUCAAAUCUCAUCAGGAUUUGCCUCAUAGUAAAAUUAUAAAAGCCGUUGAAAAACUAAUCAAUCAAGACCACAGCAGCACUUCAUGCGUAGCACUAGCUAUACUAACUCAUGGCAGUAACGAUGGAUAUUUGUACGCCGAAGACGAGCCUUAUGAACUGAAAGAAAUCACGAGGCUAUUGGAAAACCAGAGGCUAGUGUUGAUUCCGAAGCUCCUGUUCCUUCAGAUUUCGCAAAUGAUGGAUAGCCUGCCUCGACAACCGAAGAUGUUUCGUCGAAUGAGUUCUUUGCGAGCAUCAUUCAAAAGGUUUAACCGAUCAAUCUCCACGCGUACUUCUAAGUUCUGGGUCAGCAUAAGGUCUUCAGCAUCUAUCACGACUUCUGAUGCUGCACCAAUCACCAAUGGGGCUUGCAGAGGGCAUACUCUUGAUAAAGGUCAUGAGGUUGAAGUCGAUGGAAUAAUUCGGAACUUAGUACGUGUUCCUUCUCAUAUAGACUUCCUUAUUCUUCAUUCGUCUGCUGAUGGUCAUGCCUCAUUCAGAUGCCACAAAGAAGGCUCGUGGAUGAUACAAUCACUUUGCGAGGUCAUCAAGAAAUAUCACACCACCCACGACAUUCUUCAAAUUAUCACUUUGGUUAACAAACGAGUGGCUUACGACUUCACAGCAUACAAUACGAACUACCCGUCAUAUAACAACAAGAAGCAGACUUUAGAAGCGAGGUACACUUUGACGAAGUUUCUGAAAUUAUAAAUGCCAUAAAAAGAGGAUCGUCUGGAUAGAACCUUAUCAUGUAAGAAUAUUUUUAAUAUACAGUUUGAAAUGAU